AUGCCCAGCACCCAAAGACACCCGAAGCGACAGGGCAAGCAGGUCAAGCCUGCCAAACCCACCGCAUCCCCAUCCGGUGUGCGUUCCGAGGAGAUUCCCGACAUGGAUCACGAAAUGCUGGUAAGCAUGGCCCUUGAAGACAUUGAGAUGUGCUUUCUCGCCGCGGCGGUCUUCCACUGCGACGAGCUCAUCGAGACCAACACCGUGUGCCUCAUACGUGAGACCAUCAAGAAAGGUAAAACUGAGGUGGAACGCCUCCGAAAGAAACACAGGGAUGAUAAGAACAGAAAGAUGGCCGCUAAACAUCAGAUGACCCUCCAGCGGGAUAUACUCUCCAACCUCGUUGAUAACAUGAUGCAGUCCAAAGCAAAGUAUCGAUUCUACACCCAUAUGUUGCAAUUCAUGAAGGACGGUGGGAAGAGGGGUCCUCCCGAUCCCUUGGAUGUGUGGUACAGUAACAUGUUCCCCGAUCCCAUCGUCUGCUGGUCUUGCUCUCACUUCCUCGACGAGAAGUGCCAUCGGGAUGUGGAGCGCGGUGUGGUUUGCCCGGAUUGCACCCACACGGUGUCGGACGACCCUCACCGGAAGAGGAACAAGUGCAACGGCUACGCGUUCCCCGGGAGGCCUCCACCGAGGAGGGGAGGGGACGGAUGGAUGAACGACCGGCAGGACCGCACGCCUCUGAUGAACUACUACAGUCUCUCGGACGGCAUCGUGAUGUACGUCCACGUGAGUGGCUUCGGGGAGCAGAGGGAGAAGAUCCGUGUGAUGACCAACGUGAAGUGCCAUGUCUGUGGGUGUGUGCACGACGCAAAAGACAGCAUGGCCUCUCCCGUCCCAGUAGCGGACAUGAUCCGUCCAAAGAGGAGGUGUGUGGAUGCCGCCAGGGAGCGCGUCCAGUCCAUCCUCGAGUGGGAGGAGGCGAGGGAGGAUUCCAGGAUCUUCCAGGCGGUGGCCACGGAGGUGAACCGGGAGUUCGACCGGGAGGACAUGCUGAGGAGGACGGGGAGGCUCACCGUGGCGGAUGACGAGGAGGCCCUCCUGGAUGCGGAGGAGGGGGAGGCCUGCGAGUCCGAGGAUGAGGAGGAGGAAGGCCCUCCCAGCGAGGCCAGCUACGACUCGGAUUAUUACCCCGGCAAGAGAGGCGGCGGCUUCCUCCGUUAUGACGAAGUCGACGACGCCCUCUCUUCCUCCUCCAUGGAUGAGAGCCUCUCCGAUGAGGUGGAUGAAGAGGAGGAGGAGGAGGAGGAGGAGGAGGAGGAGGAGGAGGAGGACACGGAUACCGAGGACGUGGUGACGGUCGGAUCUCCUCAGACCCUGAGCGGGCAGAACACCAGCGGCCUGGGCUCGGCGGGAGGUGGGAGUGCGGCCUCCGCGGAGUCCAUGGGGUCCGGGGUGGAUUCCCUCGCGUCCUCAAAGCCCGAAAUGGAGCAGUUGGUUGAGCAGUUGCCAUCGGAGGCGACGGCACAGCCCCCCGCCGAGAACCUGGGCCAGUCUCCGGAUGCCGCGUCUUGA